AUGCAUUCAUCAUUAAAUACUACACAAAAUGAUCUACGAUCUAAUCAAUUAUCAACAAAUUCAAUAAUAGAAGAAUUAAAUUUAAAUAAAAGUAAUUAUGAAAAAGAAAUUGAAUAUCUUCAAAAACAAUUAAUACAUCUAAACAGUUAUUCAUCAACUAUUAAUAAUGAAAACAAUGAUUCAUAUUCAUUAUUUUCACAAUGGUAUUUAUCAAAUGAACUUUUAAAUAAAUCUGAACAACGUCAAACUUUUAUUGAUCAUCUUAAACAAGAAUUUAUACGUAUUAAUUCACUUGUAUCUGAAGCUAAUACAAUAUCUGAUGAAAUGCAACGACAAAUAAACUAUAAUGUUAUUCUACAAAUAUCUAUUUCAUAUUUAAAACCAAAUGAACGUUCUAUAGAUAAUUUAUGUUUACCAGUUAUACAAAUCAAACGAAAAAAUUUACCAUUACAAAUAUGGGAUACAGAAACAUUUGAAUCUCAAUUAAAUCAUAUGAAAAAUCUUUAUAAAAAAUGGAUAAUAUCUGAAAAUAAAACAGAUUUUUUAAUACAAGAAUUAAAACGAAAUAAUCCAUUUUUUGAUGAACAAUCAAAUAGUUUUAUUGGUAUUGCAAAUAUUUAUCUGAAAGCGUUAUUUUAUGAUUCAAAACUUGAUUAUAUUGUACCGAUUAUCAAUACACAAGGAGAAAUGUCCGGCUCACUUCAUGUUGUUAUGAGUCAAACAGGUUUAUCAUCAAUGAAAAAAUUUAGUGAACUUCAAAUUAAUAGUACAACAUCUAGUAGUAAUAGACAUGAUGGCAUUAGUAUUGAUACUGAUGACAUAAAUUUCAGGAAUACUAGUAACAGUCAACAUAGUCUUGAAGAUGAAGGUAUUGAUGAUUCAUCAACACUAUCAAAUAGUCAAAAUGAUGAAGUAACAAUUAAAUUUGCAAUUAAAGAAAUACGAGAUUUACCAAAAUCUGAUGCUGAAUAUGUUAUGUGUCGUUAUACAUUUAUAAAUCCAAAAUUAGAUCAAACAAUUCUUUCUCAAAAAUCUUUUAAGAAUAAUGAUAAUGAACAACAAUCAUAUGUAUUUUCAUUCAAUCAUGAAAAUGAAUAUACGUUUCCUAUAACUGAUAAUUUUCUUUCUACAUGUUUUGAAAGUGUUGUAUCAAUUGAAAUUUGGUAUCAAUAUAAUACAAAAUUACAAUCAAUUGAUAUAAAAGAAAAUAAUGAAAUUAAUCAACGUAAUAUUUUAAUUCAAGAAAUAAGUCAAUAUUGGAAAGAUGUAAAAAGACAUGUAAAAUUUUCUGUUGAAAUUCAUGAAUUAGAUUCAUUAGGACAAUGGAAACCAGUUGAAGUUGAUGUACAUGAAAAAAUUAUUAGUGGUGGUAUUUAUCGAUUAAAACAGGGUCAAUCAAAACGUCUUGUUGUACAAUUACGAAUAAUUCCUCGAUCAGAUCCAAUGCCAUUAGUAUUUCAUGAAAUACGAUCUGUUGAAAUUGGUUCAAUAAGUACACGAAAAAUACAUGCACCAUAUCAAUUAGAUUCAUAUCAAGAUGAAGAUUUACAAAAUUUAAGAUCUAUAUGGUUAAAUUAUAUUGAAAAACGUAAAAUUUAUCUUGAAUCACAAAUAAAUAUAUUGAAUCAACAAACAAAUAAAACACCAAUUGAUAUUCAUAGAGAAAGUAUUUUACUUGAAGAACUUAUACAUCUAACUGAAGAACGUAAUAUUGCAUUAUUUCCACCACCGAGUAGUGGAAUACCAGGUUGUCCAGCUGCUUGGGAUCCACCAUCAACAAUUGAAAUACAUCGUCCAAUUAUAUUUCUAAAUCUUGAUCCUAUUGAUAUGAAUACAUCAAAUAAUAUAGCUGGUCUUCAAGCAAUAUUAAAUGAAGAAAAUAACACUCGAAUGUUUCAAUUACCAUUAAUUCAAAAUGCAUCUGAUGAAAUUCGUGCUGUUGCUCAAUGGGAUCCAACAAUUCAUGAAUCCGAUACAAUGAAUCAAGUUACACCGAACGAUACACUUAUUUAUUUGAUUGUUAAAAUUAUUGUAAUGAUUUCUCAACCAGUUCAUAUGGAACUUAUUCUACGUAAACGUAUUGCUAUAACAAUUAGUAAAACAGAAGGAUGGUGGCCUGAAAAAACACUUAAAAAUUUUCUUGGCUAUAAAACACAUAAAGGAACAAGUAUUGUUUAUGAAAUAGUAUCACAUAUACCAAAAAAUCUUCAUGAUAUUAAAGAACAAAAAAAAAUUGAUGAUCAAUGUUGUUCAGAUGAUAAUAUUGAAAAAUAUAUUCAAUAUAGUUCACAAAUUGAUUCAGUUUUAUUACUUGAUAAAUUAAGACAAGAAGUAUUAUUAGCAGAAAAUUCUGCAAAACAACAAACAGUUCGAAAAGCAACAAGUGUUUCAAAUAUUACACGUCAACAAAGAAAUACGAAUGUACUUCAUUCAUCAAUGAAUACUCAACAAGAAUAUAUUGAUAACCAAAUAUUAACUAUUCCUAAUGAAACAAUGCUAUCAUUAAGUCAAUCAGAAUUAAAUAGUUCAACACCAAGUAUGAUAUCACGUUCAUUAUUUAUUGAAGAAGAACAAUUACAACCUAUACAAACAUCAACAUUUCAAAUAAAACAUAUAAUUGAUUUAGAUGAUAACAGACCACAAGAAAAUGAAAAUACACUUGAACAAAAAUAUAAUAUAUUAUCAAGUCAAUCUAUUGAAACAUCUCCAAAUCCAAUAAUCAAUAAUAAUAAUAAUAAUAUUGAAGACUAUACUAUUGGUUCACGUGUGAUUGUAAAUACUGGUCAUUCUAUAUAUAAUAAAUCGGGUACUAUUCGUUUUAUUGGAGAAAUGUCUAUUAAAACAGGUAUUUGGUAUGGAAUUGAACUUGAUGAACCAGUUGGAAAAAAUAAUGGUUCACUUGAUGGACAUAUUUAUUUUAAAUGUCAAGAUAAGCAUGGAAUAUUUGUUCGUCGUGAUAAAAUUCAACUUAUUAAUUAA